CGGGACCCAGCGUUCUGGCGACGCUUUUCCCUGGCCAUCCACCUGGACGAAGAAUCCAAGGCUUCCACCCCGGAAAAGGAAGUCACUCUCUGGGAUAAUUGGAUCAAGGGCCAGGAGCGGAAACGCAAACGAACCAUCCUCUGCGGCUUCCUGAUAUUCUUCCUCAUUGCGCUGUUCGUGGUGGGCGUUAUCGUGGUGGUCGUUUGGCUCAAUGCUCAUCACUGGCUACGGGAC